GGGCCCCGGAGGUUGCUCUGGGAAAGACAGGAAAGGGGAUCCCGUCCUGCCUUAAAGGAUCGACUCUGCAAGGGGGCUGCCUGGGCUUCCCAUUGCAUUUUAUUUUGCACGGCUUGUGGGGCGCGGCUGUCUCCGUGGGGGAGCCUUGCUGCAGCCCCUGGGACUGCCCUUCUUGUUUUACGUAGAGGCAAAUGACAACACAAGCCGGCUUCACUGGAAUGUCUGUGAGCCAAGAUUCUCAGCCUAUUUCUCUUUCCCCAAAGACACUAUAAGAUGGCGCUGGACUCCAAAACAGGUUGUGCUUCCAUGACUGAGAGUGAGGAGAUUUCCUUACACCUCGAGCUCUCCGAACCCGGAGCCUCGCCUGACGGAACCAAAGAGAGCAUUUCCACGUCUCAUGUGCAGGAAGAAGCAUCUGUAGAUCUUGCAGGUAACCCCAUGGAUCAGAGGAGGAGUGUAUCCCAAGAGGGACUCUCGGCAGAUGUCGGCGAAUCGGAAAAUGUGCGGGCGCUUGGGAAGGCUGGCCGACGCAAGCUGCGCAUGGGGGAAAGUGCAGAGCCUGUCUCCCACCGCCUUAGACGUCAAAGGAUCUACAAACCAGAGAAAACCCGCAAAUGCGCGCACUGCGGGAAGCACUUUGGCUGGAGAGCGAACCUUUUGGGAGAGAAAACCCAGGCAAGGGUGACAUGCUCAAGCUGCGGAGAGCUGAGGAGUCAGAGCACCCAGCCUCCAAUAACCAGGAAAAUGCGCAAGAGGGAGAAAGCGCACCAGUGCACUGCCUGCAAGCAGGUCUUUGCGGGGAGCUCGGAACUGGCUGUGCAUAAGAAAGUCCACAAAGCAGAAAAGCCGUACAAGUGCCUGGAUUGUGAGAAGCGCUUUUGCUCCAAGGCGAACAUGCUCAGGCACCACCAGAUCCAUACCGGGCAGAAACCGUAUCAGUGCUUAGUUUGCGGGAACACCUUCCGGCAGCAGGAGCAGCUCACUGCGCACGAGAGAACGCACACAGGCGAGACGCCCUUCCACUGUGUGGUGUGCGGGAAAGACUUCAACAGGAAGUCGGUCUUCCUGACGCAUCAGAGGAUCCACACGGGCGAGAGGCCAUACAAAUGCUCUUUCUGCAACAAGCGGUUCAUCCGCAGGGCCUACCACGCCAUCCACGAGAGAAUCCACGCCCGGGAGAAGCGGUACAAGUGCUCCGAAUGCGGGCAGAGCUUUAACUGGAAUUCGGAGUUCAUCGAGCACUUGAGGACCCACACCGGAGGGAAGCCCUACAAGUGCCUAGGCUGCGAGAAGCGUUUCGGCUGGCACUCGGACCUUAUCCGACACCAGAGAAUCCACACGGGCGAGCGGCCCUACAAGUGCGCCAACUGCCGGAGGGGCUUCGUCCAGAGGGCGCAGCUCCUCUUGCACGAGAGGACCCACACCGGGGAGAGGCCUUACAAGUGCUCCUACUGUGGGAAAAGCUUCAGCCGGAGCUCGGUCCUCAUCAGGCACCUCCUGCUGCACACCGGGGAGAAGCCGUACAACUGCCCGGACUGCGGUAAGAGCUUCUGCGAGAGGGCCCAGCUCGUUUCCCACGAGGUGACGCACGCCGAAGAGAAGCCCUACAAGUGCGCGGACUGCGGGAAAAGCUUCAGCUGGAAGUCGGCCUUCACUCGGCACCGAAGGAUCCACACGGGAGAGAAACCCCACAAGUGCCCCGAUUGUGGGAAGAGCUUCAUCCGAACCACCCACCUUGCCACCCACCUAAGGACCCACGGGCGGGAGAUAGACAGCGAUGCUUUAAUCGGGGAGGACAUUUUAAAUGAAGGUGGCGGCUUAAUGUAGAACGAAGAAUCCCUGCAAGGAGCGGUGGCUGAGACACGAGGGCAAACAAGGGGGUGCCCCGCCAACCUCGCCAGCCAGACUCCAACUACCCAACUUCGUACUUACUGCCGUCCAGUCCAGGGGACUCUUUAGUCUGUGUUUCCCUGGAAGAAUUUGGCAGGGAAGAUGGCAGGACAGAACUAGAAUUAGUCAGCUCUGUCUGACAUUGGCUCUCAGGCUUCCGGUGUCCCACCCCACCAGGCUCAAUGGUCACCACCCACCACUGCAUACAGAGGGGUAACCAUCUCAACGUUCAAAGCUUUGGGCUGGCAUAGCAGAGCGCGACCCAAAAGCCCUCUGAACAAAUCGUACCUCAGCCGCAAAUUCACUAGUUAGGAGACACCCACCCACACCCCAGCCGCCUAUUCCCCUCCCGGCCCUUACAAUUCCCAGACCGAUUUUCAGUCCUUCUUCU